AUGAAUGUGUCACCCCCACCAUCAUCUCCCCCAAUAACACAACCUUUAGAUGUGAUUCAUGCCAAUGAAGUAGAUGAUCCAUCGGGGCGUACUGAUAGUUCCGAGGAGGAGGUUGAUGAAGGUCUAGUCCCUGACAGUGACUCGUCGGAUACAGACGUUGAUGGUGAUUUCGAGUUGGAUACGUCCACUGCUUUGGUUCAACCGAUUCCAUCACCGGGUAUUAUUGGUGCGCAUGACCCACCACCUGCUGCAGAAAUGAUACGUGAAGAGCCUAGUGUUAAAAUUGGGUUAAUACAGGAGAGGAUUGCAUCAAGUCUAGGAUUUCAUAUAUCAUACCGAAAAGCCUGGAAAUCAAAGCAGAAGGCAAUUGUGAGGGUAUUUGGGGAUUGGGCUGAGUCGUACGCGUUUCUGCCAAGAUGGUUGGAUUAUAUGUUAUUGUUUUCUCCUGGGUCUGCCUAUAAACCGAAUGUGAAUGAACAUAGGAUUGAUGGUCGGCUCGAUGGUUCGCACAAGGUGUUUAAAAGGGUUUUUUGGACAUUCAAACAGUGUUGUGAUGCCUUUAAUUAUUGCAAGCCUAUGCUCCAAAUCGAUGGGACACAUUUGUAUGGAAAAUACCGCGGAACGCUAAUGAUCGCUACAGCUGUUGACAGUAACAAUUAUGUCCUGCCUGUAGCGUUUGCUGUUGUUAGUUGUGAGAAUAUUGACAAUUGGUCCUGGUUUUUGGCCAUGUUACGGAUCCAUGUGACUCAGAAAGAUGGAAUAUGCCUUAUUUCUGAUCGACAUGCAGGUAUAUUGGCAGCCGUCAAUAAUGUUGCGCUAGGGUGGCAACCACCCAAAGCGUACCAUGUUUUUUGCGUGAUACAUCUGGCAAGCAAUUUCAAUCAUAAGUUCAAAAACAUCAUGUUGAAGAAGCAGUUAAAGAAGUUAGGCUACACUACAUCGCGAUUGGAUUUUGACGCUGGUUUGGAAAAAUUUAAAGAAUCAAGCCCACAGAUAGCAGCAUGGAUUGAUCGAAUUCCGAAGGAAAAAUGGAGUAUAUCAUACGAUGCUGAAGGAAGGCGAUUUGGCCAUAUGACUACAAACUUGUCGGAGUGUGUUAACAAGGUUCUUAAAGGUGCUAGAAACUUACCAAUCACGUCUUUGGUGCGCAUCACGUACGCUAGGCUUAACGAAUAUUUUUUGGCCCACGGGCAGGAGGCUCGGGAAGAGAUGGACAAAGGUAAUCGUUUCGCCAAAGUGUUCUGGGUUGAAUAUGUUAAAAACCAACAAAAUGCUGCAACACACUUUGUUACAUCGUAUGACAGACAAAAAACACGAUUUGAAGUUCAAGAGUCUUACAAUCAAAGAACUCAUAGAGGAGGAAAGAAAUGGUGGGUUUCAUUACAGGAUCGUGCCUGUCAAUGUGGUGAGUUUACUGCUUUUAGGUACCCAUGUAGUCAUGUGAUUGCUGCGUGCAAAUCAGUAAAUCAUGACCCCUUACAAUACAUUGAUCCUGCAUAUAGUGCGUCAUAUCAAUGCCAGGUAUAUUCCGGGCAAUGGUAUCCAAUUGGUAAUGAAGACUUCAUCCCACCCAGCCAAGGCCCAACAAUUCUCCCGGAUGUGUCACUUAGACGUAAAAAAGGCAGGCCGCGAAGUACCCGAAUCCGUAAUGAAAUGGAUCAGCGCGAGGGUGUGAGCCAGCAGGUAAGAUGUGGUUAUUGUAGGGUUGUUGGCCAUGACAGACGUCGUUGUCCAUCUCGCUUGCAAGGCAAUUAA